AUGUGGAAAAAUAAAAAAAAAUAUGGAAUAAAAUAUAAUAAGCGAGAUGUCUGGAAUCCUAAUAUUAUAACAAAUAGACUUCAGAGAAUUUUGAUACAAACUGGUGAAUUAUCACCAACACAAGUGGAUGUACUAAGGAAAACAUUAAUAACAGAUUUAUCAGGUGGUAGUUCUAUAGGAAGACAACAAACUUUGUUAAAUAAUAAACUAGAUGAUGAUCCUAUAACAAAAAAAUUAAUGGAAAGGGGGAUUUUAAAAACUAACAUAACAGAAAAGAAGGAAAUAAAAAUUCAAGAAAAACAAAAGGAAGAACAAGGGGAAGUUGUAGAAUAUGAAGAAAUUGAAGUUGAUGAGGAUGAAGAUGAAGAAGUGGAAUAUGUAGAAAUUGAAGUAGACGAAGAUGAAGAAGUUGAAUAUGAAGUAGUUGAAAUAGAGGUAGAUGAUAAUGAAGAAGUAGAAUAUGAAGUAGUUGAAGUUGAGGUAGAUGAUGAUGAUGAAGAGGUAGAAUAUUCAGAAGAUGAAUUAGAUAAAGAUAUAGAAGAACAAAUAGAAGAAAAAAAAGAAAGUACACAACUAAAAAUGGAAUCCAUAGAAAAGAAACCAUUAGAAAUUAAAGCAACGCAAAAAUAUCCAUUCACAACUGAUUCACAAAAGGAAAUAGACCCAUUUAAAAAAAAUGAAAUAAAAUCUUAUGAUCCUUUUAAAAAGGAUAUGGCUAAACCAGAAGAUAAUUUAAGAAGAGACGAAAGUAAACCGUAUGAUCCAUUUAAAAAGGAUAUGAUUAAACCAGAAGAUAAUUUAAGAAAAGACGAAAGUAAACCGUAUGAUCCAUUUAAAAAGGAUAUGAUUAAACCAGAAGAUAAUUUACGAAAAGACGAAGGUAAACCAUAUCAUCCUUUAAAAAGAGAUGUAACUAAAGCUCAAGAUAAUUUAAUAAGAGAUGAAAUAAUAAUACAAGAUACAUUUAAAGCAGAUGUUAUAAAAGCACAAGAUAAUUUAAUAAGAGAUGAAAUAAUAAUACAAGAUACGUUUAAAGAAGAUUCUAUAAAAACACAGGGUAUUUUAAAAAGGCACGAAACAAUAGUACAAGAUACAUUUAAAGAAGAUUCUAUAAAAGCACAAGAUAAUUUAAGACGAGAUAAAAUAAUAAUAGAAGAUUCUUUUAAAAAAGAAGAAAGAAAAUCUGCAAAUACAUUAAAAAGGGAAGAAAUAAUAAUACAAGAUAAUUUGGGGAGAGAUAAAAUAAUAAUAGAAGAUUCUUUUAAAAAAGAAGAAAGAAAAUCUGCAAAUACAUUAAAAAUGGAAGAAAUAAUAAUACAAGAUAAUUUGGGGAGAGAUAAAAUAAUAAUAGAAGAUUCUUUUAAAAGAGAAGAAAGAAAAUCUCCAAAUACAUUAAAAAGGGAAGAAAUAAUAAUACAAGAUAAUUUGGGGAGAGAUAAAAUAAUAGUACAAGAUCCUUUAAAAAAAGAAGCAAGGAAAACAACAGAUACAUUCAAGAAAGAAGAAUCCAAACCUAAAGAUCCUUUAAAAAAAGAAGAAGUAAAACCAACAGAUACUUUAAAGAAAGAAGAAGUAAAACCAACAGAUACUUUAAAGAAACAAGAAAUAAAACCAACAGAUACUUUAAAGAAAGAAGAAGUGAAACCUAAAGAUCCUUUAAAACGAGAUGAAGAACAAAAGGGAGGUUUAAACCAAUUAGAUAAAAUUAAAAUUAAUAGAGUUGAAGAUAAAUUCAAAAUACAAAUUCCUCAUAUAAAGUCAAAAUUUAUUGAAAGUACAAUAAAAGAUAUUUUGAAAGCAGAAUAUGAAGAUGCAGAUGAAGAUUUAACAAGAAAAUAUAGAAUGAUAGAACUUAUGAAUUUAUAUUUUGAUGAAAUGGAUAAGUUUCAUCAAAGUGAUAUAUAUACAGUUAUUGAAAAAUAUAGUAAACAAAAAGAAUAUAGUUCUAUUAUGACACGCAUGUUUAAGGAGUUUAUGGAAACACACCGUAUAAAUUCUAUAUUAAGUAAAACUAUGCUGGGAACACUUGGAAUAAUUGCCGUCCUUGCCGUGACUAUGGGAAUAGUAGCUUUAGCUACUGCCGCUGCGGCAUCUGGGGCAUCUACUGCAACCGUACCUCUCUGUGCAAUAGGUGGAGUAUGUAUAUUUUUUUCAUUGAAAUUUCCAGGUUUAUUAUUUUUAAGGGGUAAAAGGACAGAAGCAUUUAAAGACAAAUAUUUUAAAAUUAAAGGUAUAAAACAUAUCGCGAAGUCGUUUACUAAUACAAAUAAAUCUGAAGAUAAAGAAGAAAAAACAUGGAAUAAAAGAAAUAGUACAAUGUUUAAAGGAAUUCAACAAAUGGUAAAAGAGAAAUUCGAUAUAGGAAAUGUAGUAGGAAAAAAACACCCACAAAAUACUACAAGUAAAGCACCACAGAAAAACAUACAAAAUAAACAACAUCAACAAAAUACACAAAAUAAAGUACCUCAACAAAAUAUACAAAAUAAAGCAGCCCAACAAAAUAUACAAAAUAAAGCAGCUCAACAAAAUAUACAAAAUAAAGCAGCUCAACAAAAUAUACAAAAUAAAGCAGCCCAACAAAAUAUACAAAAUAAAGCAGCUCAACAAAAUAUACAAAAUAAAGCAGCUCAACAAAAUAUACAAAAUAAAGCAGCUCAACAAAAUAUACAAAAUAAAGCAGCUCAACAAAAUAUACAAAAUAAAGCAGCUCAACAAAAUAUACAAAAUAAAGCAGCUCAACAAAAUAUACAAAAUAAAGCAGCUCAACAAAAUUCACAAAACAAACCUCAACAAAAUAUACAAAAUAAAGCAGCUCAACAAAAUAUACAAAAUAAAGCAGCUCAACAAAAUUCACAAAACAAACCUCAACAAAAUAUACAAAAUAAAGCAGCUCAACAAAAUAGGCAAAAUAAAACUCCUGUACAAAACACAGUAAGUAAAUAUUCAGUACAAAAUGAUUAUUCAAAACAUAAUGGAAAAGGUCCUAACCAAAUUAAUAGACAUAAUCCAAAUAGACAUGUACAAUUAUUAAGAUGA